AUGGCCGAAGCUGCGCAAAAUAUUUUGUCUAUCAAGGACGAGAUUCCUCCAGAGAAGAUGCCGGUCUUCUUCGAGGGAAAGGAGCACAAGGAAGCAGGAGACAAGUUGGUUAAGACAGAUGCAACAGCGGCCCUGCGCAAAUAUUACAAGGUCUUAUUAUGCUGGAAAGGUUUAAGCCGGCAAAAUCCUAUGGGAGGGCAAGGGGAAUCUAAGCCAAAGAGCAUGUUAGACGAAGAACUCGGGAAGGUGUAUUCAAACAUGACUCUAUGCCAACUAAUGUUGAAGAAGUACGACCGAGUGAUUGAGACUGCGGACAAGGCUCUAGCACUAAACAAGGAUAAUUACAAAGCCCUGUUCCGGAAGGCAAAGGCAUUGGGAGAACUUGGUUACUUUGAGAAAGCGGAGCCAAUACUGAAUGAACUCUUGACUAAUUAUCCUACCGAGGCGCCAACGAUUAAGGCCGAGUUAGAGUCUUUGCGAUUCCUCAACUCAGCAAAGGAAAUCUUUGACGCUGACUCUGCACCCACUACCACUGGAAGCGAGGCGACCUCAUCUGCGAAGAUUGAAGACGUGGACAUGACAAAUGAAGAGUCUAAGGCCAAGUCUCUACCCACCCCGGAACUUCCUUCAGGGGGAGACGCAUCGUCAUCUGCGAAGAUUGAGGAGGUCAAGGACGAGUGA